GCUCACGUGGCUGCGGGCGCGUGAGGGGCGGAGUCACGCGGGAAGGGGAGCGGUGGGGUCACGUGGUUUAGGCUAUCUCGUGGUGGUGGUGAACGGAGUCACGUGGGAGUGGCGGAGGCGUGAGGUCACAUGGUCGAAAGCCACGCCCGCUCGUUCUCGUCAGUGGUCACGUGGUAACAAGCGGAAGCGAGCGUGGGAAAGAAGGGCCGUGUGCAGAGGGUUCCUACUGGUGCAAACUGGUGGCUACUGGUGCCUGUCUCCUCCGUACGGGAGAUCUGAUGCUCUGGAAACAAUCUGCUGGAACUUAUCGGGAGAACCCGAGUAAAGUGGCACGAGUUCUAAAGAUGAUUCUGAAAACCCCGAAUCCUGAUUGGGAUGAUAUACUGGUGUUACUGGACACCCUAAUGGACUGCACAGAGAAGGAAAUGGUGUUGAGAACUGCCCGCGAGCGACUUAGAGAAGACAGUAGGCAGGGGAUUGUCACAGGGACAGUUGAUCAGAAUUUUCCGACUGAAGAUCCCAUGUGGGAUUAUAAUACCGCGAGAGGAAUGGGAAAUCUGAGGAGAUACCAGGAGUGGAUAGUUGUUGGAGUACAAAAUGCUAUGCCAAAACCAAUCAAUUGGUCAAAAGUGUAUAAUGUCAGGCAAGAGAAAACAGAAUCCCCGUCUGCGUUUUUGGAGCGGCUUAAAGAGGUGGCGAGGAAAUACACAGAUUUAGACGCAGAAACAGAGCAAGCUAAGGUGCAGCUGGCCCUGAUUUUCUUAGGGCAGUCGCAGGAUGAUAUCAGAAAGAAACUGCAGAAACGGGAGGGCGCGGAGCUGCGUGAUCCGAAUGGGCUCUUAGAGACUGCUUGGAAAGUGUACAAUGACCGCGAGAGGGAGAGUUCUCAAAGGCAACAGCGACAUCUGCUGGCGGUGAUGCAGGGCAGAGGCCAGCACAACCCUGCCGGUCGAGGUAGAGGAAGAGGCUCGGUGCGCGGACGGGGAAGGGGGGCUGGAUUUAAUUGCUUGCCUAAUGACUUAGGACCAAGGCUGAAUAGAUUAGGCAUUAACCAAUGUGCAUAUUGCAAGCAGGAGGGACAUUGGAAGAAUGCGUGCCCGUACAGAAUGAGGCAGAGUUUGCAGCCGGGAAACCCAUUUGGAAACACCGAAGUAGCCAAGGCAAUGGUUUUGGGAGACUAUGAGAAUCAGAGCUGACUAGGAUCAGGAAAGGAUGAACCCCUAGUGAAAGUAAGACUAGGGGGGAAAGGAGUGCAAUUUUUAAUAGAUACUGGUGCAACAUACUCGGUUUUAAAUGAUUUAUGUGGACAGAUAGGGAAAAAGACAACUACAAUAGUGGGAGCCACAGGGAAAGAGGAAACCCGGCCAUUCAUGCAACCCCUGGAAUUACGAUUUGGGGGAAAGGAAAUAUGGCAUGAAUUCUUGUAUAUGCCUGAUUGUCCAAUCUCCCUGCUGGGACGGGAUUUGUUAUCUAAAUUAAAUGCGAGAAUUGUCUUUGAGAAUGGAGAAUUGAUUAUGCAAGUUCCAGAAUCAAAGUCAGGACAGAUACUCGUGUUAAAGGAAAAUCCAAAAGUUCAAAUACCCAGAGAAGUAGAAGAGGCAGUGAUCCCUACAGUAUGGGAAACUGAUAUACCAGGGAAAUUGAAAAUGGCUCAACCGAUAGUAGUAGAAUUGAAGGAAGGAAAGAAACCAGUGCGAAUAAAACAAUAUCCCAUCAAAUUAGAGGCCCG